AUGGCCGAAACUGACUUUCGAGGGGUGGCCACGGGAUCACACUAUGCGGGAUCACACUAUGCGGGGAAGAUGGUCAUUGUGACUGGGGGUGGGGGUGGCGGGCGCGGCACCGGAGGCGGGAUCGUGAGAGCCUUCGCAGAGGCCUGGGUCCAAGUGGUUAUCUGUGACAGAGACAGUUCGGGGUGGGGGGGGCAGGAUUUGGAGCAGGAACUUCCUGGAACUGUUUCUCCUCUGUGCUGACUCAUAAGACAUCUUUCUCCUCAGGCUCUCAUUUCUGAAACUGUCCACCAUUUUGGCCGCCUGGAUUGUGUGGUCAACUAUGCUGACUACUAUCCGCCUCCGCAGUGGUCCCAGGAGACCUCUACCCAGGGCUUCCAGCAGCUACUGGAGCUGAACCUGCUGGGGACAUACACCUUGACCAAGCUCUCCCUCCCCCACCUACGGAGGAGCCAUGGGAAUGUCAUCAACAUCUCCAGCCUGGUUGGGGGGAUUGGCCAGUCCCAUGCAAUUCCUUAUGUGGCCACUAAGGGGGCAGUAAGAACCAUGACCAAAGCCUUGGUCCUGGACAAGAGUCAAUAUGGUGUCUGUGCCAAGUGCAUCUCCCCAGGAAACAUCUGGACCCCACUGUGGGAGGAGCCAGCAGCUUCAACCCCGGACCCCAAGGCUACAGUCCGAGCAGGCACAAUGGCGCAGGCCCUGGGCCGCAUGGGCCAGCCAGCUGAGGUGGGGGCUGCAGCAGUGUGCCUAGCCUCCGAAACCAGCUUCUGCACAGGCGUUGAGUUGCUAGUGACCAGGGGUGUGGAGCUGGGGUAUUGGUGCAAGGCCAGGUGGACUGUCCCGGUGGAGGCCCCUGCCACCCCUUCCUGA